ACACCAGGUUAGCACAAUGGUCAAUCGUCUAUUACCAGCACCUCCCCCAACUGUCAAUGCAUGGUCCUUGAAUCAAUUAAUCGAAAAUAACCCUCCUGUUGAGUCAAAUGACGAAGUAGUGCCUAGUUUAACAUCACCGCUUAUUUCCCCAGAGGACCUGCUGCCAUUCACUCCUCACCUGGCGCCACCACUCACCAAGAGGAAAUCAAACAAGAAAAAUAGUGGAUCGGUCAUGAUUCGUAUUGGCAAGAAUACCACUAUUAAGAAACCCACUAAAUUUCCUCAAAAUCAAGGUAAUAUCAAAGGUGGAACGGGCGCUUACAAAUAUAAAAUUGCUACCAGAACUGAUAACUACCACUAUACCAAUCCUUCUAUUGUGUAUCCUAUGGACACCAGUCGUGAUGAAUCCGAGUCAAGCCCUAUCCAAGAACAAACAAGCGAAGGCCAGUUUACAAGUCCGCUUCAAACUCAACUUUCUAGUCCCAUUGAGUACGAAGGACCAGUAAGUCCACUUGAAGGUCAGUUUCCAUUGGUGUAUCCUUCACCAUUUCCUAUUCCUGUAUUCCCUAUAUAUCCAAUCUAUGAAUACUAUCCUGAAGUGCAAUCUCCAAAAUCUAGCAAACACGAUAUAAUCAAACGACAACUCGAAUACUACUUUUCCACCGAAAACUUAUGCAAAGAUUUAUAUCUACGUUCAUUAUUCAAUCCCAUUGACGGCAGCGUUAAGCUCCAAGAUCUAAUCCAAUUCAAUCGUCUCAAGAACUUAACCAAGAAUGGAACUGAUAUAACAUUGUUGAUUGACGCCAUUUCCGACAUUGAUAGUUUGCAAUUAUUAGAAAAUGAACCACGAGUUAGACUUAAGAACUGGCGGGAUUGGGUGAAUUAGUACAUUGGCUAUUUCUUUCCGUUUGUUUGCAACAUUUGUAUCCCCAGUUCCCCGAUUCAUAAUAACUUCCAAACACUGAGGUAUGAUUCAACGCAUACACGUCUUCAGCAUAUCGAGAUUUUAUCAACCCAUUCUUAUCAAGCUCGGGUUUUUCGUUCAAUUUCCUUCGUUUAGCUUCUUGCUUCAUUUUCAUCA